GGGAGGAGCAUCUGUGACAUGUAGUAGAUUCACUGAGGAACGGGUCAUUUGGAAAUAUGAAUGGGUCUUUGGACUCUGAGGCGCUAUCACUGACUCAGACGCAGGAGCCGGGGACCAAACUUUGACCUGCAGAUCACUCUCACAUUGAGUCAUGAAUUUGGGAUAACAGGAUACUGUAGUUUCUGUUUUCAGCCAGAGGCAGCUUUCACUCUGAGAAGGAAAGGUGGAUAAAUCACCGGACUCCCAAGGAUCCAUACCCAGGACACUGCUGCAAUCAUGGGGGAAUGGGGCUACCUCGGCGGACUCUUCGACACCCUCCAGGCCCACUCGCCGAUGCUUGGCCGUUUCUGGCUCUUGCUCAUGCUCGUGUUCAGGAUACUGAUCCUGGGAACCGUCGCCAGUGACUUGUUUGAUGACGAGCAGGAGGAGUUUGCCUGCAACACCCUCCAGCCGGGCUGCAAGCAGGUGUGCUACGACAUGGCCUUCCCCAUCUCCCAGUACCGAUUCUGGGUGUUCCACAUUGUCCUCAUCGCCACCCCAUCUCUGGUCUUCCUCAUGUACGCCAUGCACCACCACAACAAGAGGGAAAGAUGCUCCCAAUCCAGCAUAACCAGCAGCCAGCAGCAAAGAGAGGACCGGCGCAUACGGAGGCUCUACAUAGUCAACGUGGCCUUUCGCAUAGUGGCAGAAGUUGGCUUCCUGGUGGGCCAGUGGCAGCUGUACGGCUUCAAGGUGGAGGCCCAGUUCCCCUGUAGCCGCUUUCCCUGCCCUUACACAGUGGACUGCUUCACCUCCCGCCCUGCAGAGAAAACCAUCUUCCUCUGCUUCUACUUCAUUGUAGGGGUGAUAGCAGCCGUUGCCAGCUGUGCUGAGUUUCUCUACGGCUCCAUGAAGUGGUUUUGCAAGGGCCAGAAUCCCUUCCCCAAAGAGCGCUCCUGCGACUGCCAGAACCUCCAAAACUACAAGCAAGAGGAGGAGGAGGAGCUGGCCAAAGGAAGGAAGGGGUCACAGAGUGCGCCCGGCAGCGUGAGGCUGAAGGGAGGUUCGCAGAAGAGCAGUCGAAAGGUCUCCAAGCACAGGGGCAGCAAACUUGUGAGCUGCAAGACAUUCAUGGUGUGAGAGAGAGAGAGAGAGCCUUGGGGCUGUCGUCGUGUACGGUCGUCUUUCUCUUUGUUAAUGUAUUGUUAAGUAUCUUUUUAAUUCCUGUAAUUCAUUGCAUUUCAUUCUUAAAGAGUUGAGGAGUUGUUUAUGAUGACACAUCAUGAGGAAAUGCUCGAGAGACAAGACUGAUGAUAAGACGGAUGCGUGCCAGAUAUUCAUUACAGACGACAAAAGACAGAGGAGGGAAACCGUGUGAAUUACUUUCGUUACACAGUGUAACAAUGACUUGAUCUUUGUUUUAAAGAGAACUGAUUGCACAUCCUUGUAUCACAUCCUGUGUGAUGGGAAAACAAACCCUGAAGCAGUAUUUAGAGAACACUGUGUCAUUCUAGUGGUUUUGCACAUUGAAGUCAGAAUUUAUAAAUGACAUUAACUGUCUCUGAAACCUGGAAACCACCUUUAUUUAAACUCUUUCUUAGGAACUAUGCUUAUUCACUUUCCUGCAGCAGCCACAGUUGGUCAGCUUGAAAGACUGGAGACAGGAAAUAUAAUGAAAAUGUCUAAACUCUUCAUGUGGAUUCAUCUGGUGACAGAGGGACUUUGAGUUAAACUGAACUAAGACACUAAACAUUUGCGCAGUAAUUUUACUAAGGUCUUACGUUUGUCUAUCUACAUUUAUCAAUGUAAGAUCGACCAUGUUUGAUAUUUUGGUACAACUUUAUAAUAAUGCACCAUUUAUAAUAAAGGGUUUUAGCUAAUUGUUAUUGUUAAUAGUUAAAAAUGUAUUUGAUAAAACUCUAAAGAUCAGUCAUAAGCCAUAAUUAAAAUCAACUUUUGCAUUACCAGGUUGUGAAAAGUGCCUUUUUGACUUAACCUCUGAUUGGACCGACACCUUCUGCGCUAAAAGGGAUUUUCACAAUUUUUUUUAACCCAAACGUUAUAAUGGCUUGUAACUGGUCUAUAAAUCAAUAAUAACAAUAAUAGAUCAUGAAUAUUAAUAAACUAAUUUGUGAUAACCUGCAAACCUCUCAUAAAAGGUUUAUCAAAAGCAGUUUAUUACAAUGGUAAUUCACUUUUCAGUCAAUCCCAUUAAAAUGGCUGAUUCAGGUUUGUAAUAUUUCAGGUUUGUAACAUUUGUAACCAUGUUUAAAUGUAUGAACAAAUAUUGAUUUCUUCUCUACUGUGAAGUUCAUGUUCCCACAAUUCAGUUGUCAGCUAAAAUGAUAUCAUGCAAUGGCUGCAAAAAAUGGUGGAAACACUUUUAUCCUUCGAUUUUCAUUUUAAAUUCAAAGAGGAAUUACACUGUGAUGUCUCUCUGCUCUAAACGGCUUUGUCAUGUGCAUCAGUGUGAAUGAAAAAACAUGAACCUGUUGUGGAGGAGGUUUUAAUGUCUCCUGGUGACUGUGCAGAUCUCAAUAUAGAGUUUAGAAGACUGUUUUCACAUUCAUCUGUUGAAGAGGGGAAAUCCUGAACCUCAGUUUAACACAAACACGUUAAUACAAACAUUAUAUAUCAUUUACAACACAAUGUAUCUUUGUAUGCAGCUGGAACAUGUGUCCAGCACUUAAACUAUAUAUUAAACAAUUUGCUGCAGAUUCA